AUGUCCAGAGACUCAAAUAUCGGAGACAAAACUGAAUACGAUGUGCGCACCGUUUACAUCCCUCUGAAGCUCGUUGAAGAAGAAGAUCUAGAGGCUUUGCAACGCCAGUUGACGAUCUUAUAUCCUGGUGGAGCGCACAUGACACGCACAGAAGUUGGGGAGCUUUAUAAGAUUGAGGGACUCGUGGUCAAGGGCUCAGCAGAUUUUAAUCUGCUACACGAACUGCAGGAACUUAAGCUCGUCAUGAAGGAAUGA